CGAUAUAUUCAGUAUUUACUCAUAUUUAGCGAUUGCCCACUGUUCAAUUUUCCAGCUCAAGCUCAAUCGAUCCAUCUCCACCAUAAGCACACCAUGGACGUGAGUUCAGGCGAUCUGGAUGCUCCACACUCGAUGGGUACCACCAUCAUCGGCGUCACCUACGACGGCGGUGUUGUUCUCGGUGCAGACUCUCGUACAAGCACCGGGAUGUAUGUUGCGAAUAGGGCAUCCGACAAGAUCACUCAGUUGACCGACAAUGUCUACGUCUGUCGUUCUGGCUCGGCAGCAGACUCGCAGAUUGUUUCAGAUUAUGUGCGCUUCUAUCUCCAUCAACACACGAUACAACUUGGUCAGCCUUCAACCGUUAAAGUUGCUGCAAAUCUUGUCAGAUUAGUAGCUUAUGGUAACAAGAAUAUGCUGCAAACUGGCCUGAUUGUCGGCGGAUGGGACAAGUAUGAAGGGGGUAAAAUAUACGGAAUACCUCUGGGUGGAACAGUUCUAGAUCUGCCUUUCACCAUUGGAGGAUCUGGCUCGUCAUAUCUGUAUGGUUUCUUUGAUCAAGUAUGGAAGGAAGGGAUGACUCGAGAAGAAGCUGAGCAACUAGUUGUGAAGGCAGUCUCUCUUGCCAUUGCUCGGGACGGUGCCAGUGGUGGUGUUGUUCGCACAGUGACUAUUAACAAAGAUGGGGUUAGUAGAAAGUUCUACCCAGGUGACACACUUCCGCUAUGGCAUGAAGAAAUCGAAGCCCAGAAUUCACUCUUGGACAUCGUAGCUGCUGCCAGUCCUGAACCUAUGAUCACUUAAAUUCUGUCUGGUGGAAUUAAAUUAAUUUUCUCUGUUUUCAUAUGCAAACUGAACUCUGUUGUUGCAAGUUGAAUUUGUACUUGAGCUACUACCCCAGAAAAUUAUUUAUCGAAAACUCAUUCUCGGAAUUGUUUUAUUUUUUUUUCAAGAUUCAGAAAUUUGACAUUUUUUUUCUGGGGUUGA